AUGCUCUGUUCUUCUUUCUCGAUAUCGCAGCUGGCAAUACCAUCAGUCUGCGUACUGAUCGCCUUCCUCGCCUAUACCUCCCAAUACUUCUUCGCUUAUUUCGAGCCGUCGCCCCUACGGGAAAGCGAACUAUGGCGCAUCAACAUCUUCGCCUUGUGCAUCUGGAUCUGUUACUAUCGCUCCUGCACUAUAGACCCCGGGCGCAUCCCCACGGAUUGGAAGCCGGUAGACAGUAAGCAGUUGGAAACGGACCGUGCUAGUGGUCGCCAGCGAUGGUGCCGUAGAUGCGAAGCUUUGAAACCACCACGGGCGCAUCACUGCAAAACAUGUCGCAGGUGCAUUCCGAAGAUGGAUCAUCACUGUCCGUGGACGUCAAAUUGCGUCUCGCAUUUCACUUUCCCGCAUUUUGUACGGUUCUUGUUCUACGCGGUUGUGGGCAUGAGCUAUCUCGAGUCCUUGCUCUUCGAAAGGGCUUCGAUUGUCUGGGCUUCCAGAAACCUUCCAAGUUACCUCGGACCCAGCGCAUCGCAGAUAGCGCAUCUAUUCAUUCUGCUCGUCUUGAACAGUUUGACGGUGUUCAUGCUGUUCGUACUUUUGCUUCGGACCAUGUGGACUCUGGCGUUCAACACGACGACUAUCGAAUCAUGGGAGAUUGAAAGGCACGAGACCCUGGUGCGGAGGGCCCGUCACUUCCGCGGGUACCUCAGCGGACCCGGUGGAACGAGUAUCCGGAUCAAAAAGCAAGAAUUCCCCUACGACAUCGGUAUCUGGUCGAACAUCAAAGCGGGCAUGGGCGGCAGUGGAAAUGUCAUCAGUUGGUUUUGGCCACUUGCCAGGACGCCUGCACGCACGACAGGACUGGAAUAUGAGGUGAAUGGUUUUGAAGAACCUGAUGUUUCAUGGCCACCACCUGAUCCGGAUCGAAUCCCUAUGCCGUCUAAACAACACCUGUCUAGCGGCAUUGCCACCGGGGCCGGGAAUUACGGGCGCGACGAGAUUGAAGCCUUUAACCGGCGCAAAGAACAAGACUUGAACCGCCCAAGGGAGGAAUUAGGGAUUCAGCGUCGUCGGCGUUUUCACAAUCGUUUUGAAAAGUCGAACGAUAAUAAGACGCAGGAGAAUGAGUCUGACGACGACAUGGAUGGUUCCGAAGACGGUGAAGAGGGCUGGAGGAACGCAGAGGGAGAGCGGUUGGGAGAUUUUGGUGUGGACGAAGAUGCGGAGUUUUACGACGAGGAAGACAUCCCAUUGGGUGUCCUAAUGCGGCAACGAGCUCAGAAGGGCCAAUAG